AUGACGCCUACUUUGAUCUCAAUGUAUGGUUGUUUCAGUGACUUGAAUUCUGCAAGGAAGUUGUUUGAAAUGAUGCUUGAAAAACACGUAGUUGCUUGGAAUACCAUGAUAUCUGCAUAUGCUAAAGUUGGUGAAUCAGGUGAAGCCUGUGGAGUUUUCCAACUCAUGCAACAUUCUGAUACGAAGCCUAAUUUAGUCACGUUGGUGUCUGUUCUUCCGUCUUGCUAUGAUCUUGCCAAUGCUUGCUAUUUGUGGUAUCUGCUCGUGUCAAUGUAUGCUAAGCUUGGGGAGCUAGAUGCAGCUCGAUAUCUUUUCAAUUCGGUGUCAGAAAAGAGCCUUCUAUUAUGGAACUCCAUGAUCUCUGGCUACCUUCUGGAUGGGCUAUGGCACAAAAGCUUGGACAUUUUCAUCGACAUGAUAGCUAGCGGUGUUAUGCCGGAUGCAAUCUCUAUAAUCAGUGUUAUCUCUGCGUGUAGCAUAUCUCAAGACUUGAGGUCUGGUGAUUCCGCCCAUGCUUACAUCAUUAGAAAUGGUUUCGAUUCAGAUGUGAAUGUGAUGAAUGGGCUAUUAUCUAUGUACUCUGCUUGUCAUCGGCUCGAUGCUUCUCUCAAUUUGUUUCACAAGAUGAAGGCAUGA